UUAGCAACUGUAAUUAGUGAUAAACACUCUAGAAUCUGAUUUUUACAAACAUGUUGCGUUUUAUAAUAAUUUGUCUUUUAGUAUGUACUGUAUUAGGGACGACAGAAAAGAAAGUGGUGAUUUUAGACGAAGGCGGUGUGGAGGGAGAGAAAUAUUGGAACGGUGAUUUUUAUGAGUUCUAUGGAGUGCCGUAUGCAAGUGUACCGGAGGGGAAAGAUCGAUUCCAGGCUCCUUUACCAUCUGAACCAUGGGGCGGAGUAAUACCCGCAAAAGUUAGAAGCACAAGAUGCUUCCAAACAUACCUUACUGGCGGAGAUGAAGAGCCUAUCAUCGACGGUGAAGAGCAAUGUCUAGUUAUGAAUCUUUUGGUACCUAAAAUUGCCACGGACGAUAACUUGGUACCAGUAAUAGUUUAUAUCCACAGCGGAGCAUUUUCGGGCGGAAAUGGAAACAUGGCGCAAUUUCAUUACCUUGCAAGGCAGGAUGUUCUCGUCAUCAGUUUUAACUUCAGAUUAGGUGUACUAGGAUUCGCUUGCCUUGGCAACAAAGAAGUACCUGGUAAUGCUGGUUUGAAAGAUACAGUAGCUGCAUUGCGGUGGAUCAAUAAAAACAUCGCCAAGUUUGGCGGGGAUCCCAAGAAAGUGACUAUUGCAGGAUUUAGUGUUGGAGCGGCGAUGGCAGAACUCGUAGCUCUAUCUGAUACUACUGAUGGAUUAAUCGAUAAACUAAUACUUGAAAGUGGAUCUGCGCUAUCGCCUUUUGCUAUCAACAGAGAUCCAGUUAGCACAGCGAGAAACAUGGCGAUUGCAGUUGGUUAUAAAGAUACAGGCAGUCUAAGAGAUUUAACUGAAUUUUAUUUGGAAACACCGAUCAAGAAUUUAACUGCAACUGGUCAUAAUUUUUUCUUACCCAAUAGCACGUUUGGGUUUUCACCUUGCAUUGAAAAUGUUCACGAUGGUGUUGAAGCGUUCCUAACUGAAUCUCCAUUAGAUAUUAUGAAGAAAGGUAAAAAUAAACAACUGGCCGUCUUGACUGGAUUCGCUAAUAUGGAAGGACUGAGCAGGUCUAUUAAAUUUGACGAGUGGAGUGAGAAAAUGAACGAAAAACUCGAUGACUUUUUACCCGCUGACUUAGUAUUUAACGAUAAUAAGCUAAAAGAGAGUUUUAUCAAGGAAAUAAAAGAUAAAUAUUUCAAAGGAGAAGAAGUAUCCCAUGAUACAUUACAAGGAUAUGUUGAUUACUUUUCUGAUUCGAUGUUUAAGUAUUCAAUCUUGAAAUCAGCUAAAUUACACGCAGAAAGGACUGAGAGGCCACUGUUUUUAUAUGAAUUUUCAUACGUUGGCGAUUUGAAUGCUAAGCACUUUUUCUGGGACAAAAUAACAGGAGCUAGUCACAGAGAUCAGACGGCGUACAUUUUGGAUUUCUACGGUUUUACGAAUAAGGACAGUGACCUCACCACGAGAGACCGGUUGACUAUGAUGUGGGCUGAUUUCGUCAAAUAUGAGGACCCAACAGCUUAUGAAAGUCAAUUGAUUGAAAUCAAAUGGAAAACAUACACAAAUGACGAUCGUAACUAUUUGAAAAUUGAUAACGACCUGGUUAUGGACAAAAACCUGUUUGAAGAUGGAUUCAAUUUCUGGAGCAAGGUUUAUGACAAACAUUAUUGGAAUCCUAAAGCACCGAAAAUAGUUAUCGAAGAACCGAAGCCUUCGAAGAAAACUGAAGAUGAAAUAAAGGAUGAUACGACUAAACCGGAUAGCGACAAUGUUGCAGAACAAAAGAUAUACAAAACUCUUUUAAGGGAACCUGUCAAAUAUGAACCGAAAGUUUCAAAUAACGAACAAGAAUCAAGUCUACCAAAAGACGAUUAUGUGUCAAAUACUGAAGAACCCGUGUUAGAAAAGAAGAAUUCUAAAACAGAACUUUAAA